CUAAUUUUCUCAUCUCCGUUUUUGUGCUUUCACAUUCUUUUAUGCAUGUACAUUCUGUUGCGUAUACUCCAUAUUUAAAAAAAACCUCUUGAAAGAAUGAGGCUCUUUUUAUUGAUUACGAUACUGUGGAAUCAUGGUGGGACAGGCGUUGGCGUGAUGCAAUAUCCAUUUCGGGCAACCGGAUAUCCAAACAGAGAGAAAUGUUGUGUUCAUGCAGCCCAAUUUUCGUCAUCGUUAAGAACUAUUGAUCCCGAACAAAACAUAACUGACGCCGUGAUGCCACCUAAUUCUGUCAACGCUGAGUCUUCAUUUCCUCCUCUUUCGUCCGUGGUAUCGUUGGAAGAACAUUUUUGGACAUGCGACAAGCAGGGUAUGGAUAAACUGGUCUCAAAAAUCAAGCAAUCGUAUGAUACCUUGGACGAUAUACUGGCGCUAUAUAAUCAGAGAGCAUUAUUCGAGCGUGAAUAUGGACAAAACUUGUUGAAGCUGAACAAAAAGGCGACAGCAAGAGAUGAGCAAGGGCAAGAAGACAAUGGUGCAGCCAAUACUACUACUGCAUCAACGCAGGCGAUCCAAACCGUCUACCUAGAAAUCGUCAAGUCUGCGCAGUCGCACAUAGAUAUGGCCGGUAGGUUGGAGCAAGAAGUCGCCGGUCCGUUAAAGGAGUGGAUCACAACACACCGUGGCGAGCUGGAUAAGCUGGUGGAUGCUUUGGAUACCAUCUAUGACGAUAGACAGAAAAAAGUGAAGCAGCUUGUAUUGGUACGCGAACAGUAUCAAAUGCAGAGUGGAAGACAACCAUCAUCGAUUUCAAGCGACUAUCAGUCCGCCGUGGAUGCAGCUGACAAGGCUGUGAGAGAAUGGAACAUUGCCUGGAUAAAGGCUUGUCAGCAAAUGGAAGUUUUUGAACACGAGCGGAUGGAUAUUCUUACAAGCAACGUAUGGGAUUACGCCAACUUAUGCUCGGCACGGCUAUUGGUGCAAGAUGAAUGGAGCGAAAAAAUCCGUAGUCAGUUGGAGACCUGUACUAUCGAAGAAGAAUUGGUUCAUUGUAUCGAGAACCUUGGCACUAGUAUUGGUAGCUCCACAGCACCUACCACGUCUGACUAUGUAGAGUUUUUCGCCAAAAAGUUCAAGCAAGAAGCUGUGCACAAUAAACGACUGCCUCCACGACCACGGACUAUGAGUAGCACGGCUACGACAAUGGUGAAGCAACCGGCAGUAGCAUCCAUUAAUAAGCCCAACGAACAGCAAACUGCCAAGUGCAAUAGCAUGAUGGUUAAACGGAAACCCCUGGCUACAAGUGACAUGGGACUGGAUGCGCUGCUCAAGAAAUUCGAAUCUUCAAACACCUUGACAAAUAACAAUAACGGCACCAGUAUCGGUAGUAGUGGCAACAGUAAUAGUAGUGGUAGCAAUAGUAGUCGUUCCGGCCUUCAAAAGCGAUAUGAUGAUAGGCCAACUACUGAAAAGCACACUCAAAUCCAGCCUGCCCAGCAUCAUGAACGAGAGGAUCGAGCAAUACCACAGCCGUCAACCAGUACCACCACCAUGGAACACUCUGCUCAUCACCAACAGCAGCAGCAGCAAAUGAUUAAUCGAUCUGCUCACCCGAAACGAGAUGAUCGAGCGGUUGAUUCACUUCAAGCAACUAUGACUAAUGCGCGUUCUGUCCAUCAGUAUCAAAAGAAACAACGAGACGAACGACCCUUACCGCCACCGGUCGAUAGGUUCCAAACUGCUAGCACUAGCAAGAAACGAGACAACCGACCACCUCUUGAACCAAAUCAAACACAGGCACCAGCACCCUCAUCAUCAUCAUCAUCAUCAUCAUCAUCAUCGCAACAACCUCGUGGUAGUAUGGCAAACGACAACCAACAAGCAAUUAUUCCCAUGCAACAACAACAUCAGCAACAGCCACCGAAGUCACCUAGACCACAGCCACAGCAACUCCAAGACUCGCGGUCGCCUUCAAUGAAGCCAUCCACAUCUACUGCAACAACAGGAACGUUACCUAGCAAUGUUCACAACUCAAUGACACCGCCAAGGCAAAGCUCCAUAGCAACUGCUCCGUAUUCUCCCGUCAACAUGCAUCCACCCCACUCACCAGCCAUGGUUCCUGUUUCACAACCACCCUCAUCCUUUUCCCAGCCGCAUCCGUCGCCACAGUCGAAUAUGAUGGCACCACCUCAUUCGCCGAUGAUGAUGGCUGCUGGUGGUUCUGCUGCUCCUUCGCCUCUUCAUUCACCAGCCAUGACACAUCAACCACUGCCUCCUCCUCUAAACAUGAUGCACUCACCAGCAAUGCAACCAACCACUUUGGCGAUGACGACAGGUCCAAGCAUGAUGGCAGCCCCACAUUCACCGAUGAUGGCCCCUUCGUCCCCUGCCAUGAUGACGACACAUAUGCACUCACCUGCGCCACAUUAUACUUACCCGCAACCAGCGAGUCCGAUGGCCGCUCCACACUCACCCAACAUUCCGCCGUCAAAUGCUAAUGGGUCCUCACCAUGGCCUGCAUCAAGCCCGUACUACUACAACAACAACAAUAAUAAUAAUAAUAGCAAACCAACUAACUCUCCGUUGAUGAUGCCGACAGGAUCAUCCUUAGCGACAACUCCGCAAGCAGCGGCCCCUCAUGCAGAUGAUCACCAUCAACAACAACAGCUGCCAGAUGGCAGGCCAAUCAUGUUUUGGGUACGAGCCAAGUAUGACUAUCUUGCCAACGAGGAGACGGAGAUUUCUUUCAAACGCGGUAGUUUGUUUGCUGUUGUCGGAAUGUCCCAAGACGAAGGCUGGUGGAAUGCAGUACUGUGGGAUGAAACGUGGCAUUGCACUCGUGGACUAGGCUGUAUUCCCAGCAAUUACAUAGAAAUUAUGGCUUGAAUAAUACCAAUAAAUACUAUUAUUACAUAUUAUGAAAAGUUGGCA